AUGGAUCGCACACAGGUACCAAAAAGCAAAACAAAAAAUCCCCCUCCACCGCCGGAUAACCCCUUCGUCGCCGAUGAUACCUCAGACGAACCCAACAAGCCAUCCCCCGCCCGUCCAGAGCCCACCUCUGCCGCCCAACUUCUCCUCUCCAAACCAUACCCGCCGCUUGAGCCGCCUAUCGCCUCCAUCUGCAGACACGACGAAGAAGACCAAACACAGUACUUUCAGAUCUCAUACAAUCACGGCCCUCGCCCGUUAAAGACAUACCAUUUCUCCUUCUCUUCUGCCUCCUCGUACUAUGCACUUUCGGAUUUGAGAUUUUCUCCUCUAGAAUUAGGGUUUUAA